ACUUGGCGAAUAUAUUCGAUUUUACAAAGACCCUUACGAGAUGUCCCAACGUCUUAAUGAAGAAAUGUAUACCUCACUUCGCAAGAAAGCUUUGGGAGUGCUAAAUGAUACUCUUGAAAAAUAA